GGAGAUGAACAUUUCGUCGGAGCACAGGCCCCUUGGGAAGCAGGUCACCAGUAGCCUGCAUACGUUGUCACCGAUCGUGGAGUUAAAUGUCGGCGGGGAGAUGUACACCACAACGUUGAGCACCUUAAAGAAACACCCUGGCUCCAAGCUGGCAGAGAUGUUCACCGGCCAGCCCAAACUCAGGACUGACUCUGAAGGGAGGUUCUUCAUCGACAGGCCAGGCACCUAUUUCAAAUACAUCUUGGAGUACCUGCGCAGUAACCAAGUGCCCACCCAGUGCAUCCAGGACGUCUACAAGGAGGCAUUGUUCUACGACAUCGAACCUCUAAUCAAGCAGCUAGAGGACUCCCCGCAGAUCUUCGGGGAGCUCGUGGCGAGGAAGCAGUUUCUGGCUCGCGUGCCCAACUACAGUGAGAACAUCGAACUGAUGAUCCGCAUCGCGAGGGCAGAAGCGGUCGCAUCCCGCCGGUCCAGCGUCAUUGUGUGCGUGGUCAGAACUGAGGAGGACGCGGCCAGAUGUCAGGAUGCCUUGAACAGCUUGGACAUGGAUAAAAAAUCCGUGGUGAAGUUUGGCCCCUGGAAGGCAGCACCAAGUAUUUCUGAUCUGCUGGACUGCAUUCAAAUGGAUGUUGAAGAGAAAGGGUAUAAAAUAGCCUUUCAGCCUCACGUUGCUGAAAAAGGUUUUCGCUUCAAAUCGCAUGACUUCUUCUACAAGUUCCUGUUCACCUGGUGGUAGCAAAGUGCCACCAUCGAUGGGGAACAGACAAAAGCAAUUAUUAAAACAAAUCAACUUGGGCUGUGGAGACUAAGACAUGACUAGAGGGACAGGAAGAAAUGCAUGGGCCAACACAUGGAUCUCCUUUGGUCGUGUGCCAAAUUAAAGAGCACUUAAGAGCCACUG